UGAAGCAAGCAUUCCUACGCACGCACCCUCUGGCAUGAAUUUGUCAGUAUAGUGAGAACUUCAUCACAGAUAAGGCUGGCUGGCCAUGAUGACCAACAACCUCGCCUCUAACCCCACCAAGCAGGCCAGCUGAGGACUCUCUCGACUGUCAGAGCAGAAGAAAGCACUCCGACCACCUGAUAGUGUUUGAGACACGGCUCCAGGUAUCCUGCCUAAUCCCCCCCCCUCUCUCUGACACAUCACUGCCUCAUGACCUGAGGGCCACAAUCAUCUGUUACAACCUGACAACUGAAACAGCCAACCAGAGAAGACCACUAGAAGAGAGCCUACAUAUUAAACUCAUCCACCACCAGAGGAGCUUGGGACUUGAGCUUCUGCCCAUCUGUACUGUGACUCACUGUGGAACUCUUCGGCACCUGUACAAGAAGUCCAUUGACAGACGUGAAGACAGAUAUCCAGAGUGACAGUCUACCAGCUCAAACACCAUCAGCAGCCUGCUCCUCUGACCAGUACUGUUGAAGCUAUGGGGAGUCCAGGCUGUGACCGCGUGGGGAGCACAGUGCCCCUUCCCCUGAUGAGUUUCAAUGACUACCCCUACAGUGUGUCUGCUCUGAGGGCCUGGGAGGAGGAGGACACCAAGCCGCCCCGUGGACUGAUAAGUGUGCCUAAACACACCCUGCAAGGGGUGUUCCUGCCCUGCUCUGACAUGCUCCUCACUGAAGACAGCUUGUGGCUGUUGAAGAAGAAAGAGGCAGCACCCCCUGAGCCCCCCUGUAAGCCCUUGGAGCAGUGCCCUGUCAUCGACAGCCAGGGCCUGGGGGUGGGCCUGGGAUUGGAGGUCCCCUCUGGGCUAGAGGGACAGGUGGAGGAACGCUGUCUGGAGCAGGUUCAGAGCAUUGUGUUGGGAGAAGUAAUGAAGGACAUAGAGACCGCCUGCAAGCUGCUCAACAUUACCCCAGAACCCAUGGAGUGGAACUGUGGGAACGUCCAGAAGUGGCUGCUGUGGACAGAGCACCUGUACAGACUACCCCAGGUGGGAAAGGUGUUCCAGGAGCUCAGUGGGAAGGACCUGUGCUCCAUGACAGAGGAGGACUUCAGGCAGCGCUCGAUGCAAUGUGGAGACCUGCUGUUUGCUCACCUGGACAUCUGGAGGUCAGCUGCGUGCAUGAAGGAGUGCUGCACACCAGGAGAUACCAAGUUACAUAGUGCUGAGGAGACGUGUCCAGAGGCUGACUCAUCCUGCUCAAGCCAGCCCAUCCACCUGUGGCAGUUCCUUAGACAGCUGCUCCUCAAGCCACACAACUAUGGACGCUGCAUCCGCUGGCUCAACAAGGAGAAAGGUAUCUUCAAAAUCGAAAACUCGGCUUAUGUAGCCAGGUUAUGGGGCCUCAGAAAGAAUCGUCCAGCUAUGAACUACGACAAGCUGAGUCGCUCUAUCCGGCAGUACUACAAGAAGGGCAUCAUCCGCAAGCCUGAUGUGUCCCAGAGACUGGUCUAUCAGUUUGUCCACCCUGUAUGAAGCUGUUGAGCAGCCAGCCAGAAGAGGAGAACACGAGUGGUGAUGACUGGUGACAACUAACUGAAAAGAAGCCUCUAACUGCUGUUUUAGCUCCAGCAUUAACAAUGCACUGCAUAGACUGCCUCCUGCAUUGUGCACUCCUGCCUAAUUUCAAUAUUCUUAUGUGUAACCUGAUAUGGGAAUUUAUUGUCACAUUGCAUUAGAUAUGUAAUGUUUUACAUUUCCAAUAUUGUUGAAAUAAUUUUAAUAUUAAUUGUCCAAUAUUUCAUUUUCACAAAUGUCAAUUCCAUGUUUGUAUAUUUUUUCUCUUAAUCACCAGUACAUCAGCUACUAUUUAUUUCUUCAUUUGUAAUGGUUGCUCUUUUUAGUGCCAUUUACAUUUCAACAUGUCCCUCCUUACAAACCAUAGCACUUACAAAUGUUACAUUUUACAUAAUUAGUUCUCUGAAGCUUGCUUUGGAAACUACAGUGGACUAAGCUAUGGUGAGUAUAUAAUGUACUAUAGAAUGGAUUGAAUAUGUUCACUGCUGAUCUCUAGUAGCAGUCCGAUGUUAAGGCCACUUCAUAGGUCACAGUCACAGCUGUUUACCCCAUACAGUAGGGCCAAUUAUGAUCCUGAUAUAGAUUUGUAAUAUCACAGAUCUCAUUGAAUUGAAAUGAUUUGACUCCGGUGCCCAUUCCCUGGCGGAAGAAUACAGUCUAAUAGGAAUGAGUGAAUACAGUGACCUACUGUAAUAUAAGCAUUUCAAUACCACUGCCACAUUUCAAGUGCUUGGAACUGUAUGUGGAGUCGAACACCUGUGUCAGAGAUUUAGUGAUUGGAUACAUACAAAUGUUGGAAUAUAAUAUUGAAUAUUUAUAAUGACAAUGUGUAAGAAUGUGUUUAAAUACUGAAUGUGUUUAAAACAAAGCAACCUUUUUUUUUUUA